AUGACUGGUUUACCUUACAACAUGCCGCUGACGUCCCAAAUUAUGCCAAAUCAGAGUGUACCAGUACAGACGAGUCACAAUAACUUCCUACCGUUCCAACAACCGCAACCAGUCGUGCAACAAAUGCAAACCGCUCCUUCCGUUGCUUAUCCGACAAAUCCGCAAGAUCCUUUCAAGCAACCGUUCUACCAGCUCCAUCAAGCAGACGUCCUCGUGGCGAACCACCAAUACACCCCAAACUUACUACCACCAAAAUACCCAUACCCGCCAGCAUUCCACACCCAGCACACAGUUUCACCGGUCAUCCAAACGCAGCAGCCAAGCUACAAUCCACUUCCUCAGAAUGUCCUCGACCAGAUUCGCAACACCGUCAGCAGCGCUGCUCCUAUAUUUAUCCUACCAAGUGGCUGUCAUCAGGCCACAAAUCAAGCCAGCAAUUCUAUGAAUCAAGGAGGCGUGGCUCAACAGACAGGACAGUCGACAGGCUUCAAUUGCCCAAUCUACUGUCCACCCUCUUUCUACCCUUACCCACUUCCUUUCCCAAUGUUCGACUCUUUUGGAACUCAAGCUAGAUGCAAAGACGGUCCACGAGGUUACUCGUGCUGCCAUCAAAAAAGAAACGCUUUAGAUUCGACGAACUAUCCACUCAGCUGCUGCUGCAACAUGCAAGAAAUGGAGGAACAUCGUUGUACAGCUACGCAUGACGAUACAAUUUGUUCGAAACGAAACUGUCCAUCUUCUAUCAGCCUGCAAGCUCUGGCAUCGCAGCUUUUGUCACUGCCAGGGAUCAUAUCUUGCGCAGCUACGAGAUUGAUCUUGAGAAAGGUGGCUGGAUCGAAUAUAACUAACACUAUGGAGGAUAUAAUGGAGAAAGCUCAGAAAUCUAUUGGUAGCCUUACGAAGGAUCAACUGUUGGUCGAGUCAAGAAACGCACAACAAGUGAACGCGUUGAUUAAUCUACAUAUGACCACCACACCGCCGGCGAAUAUUAUUCCGUUGCUCACGCUGCUGCAGCUGAAAGUGAACGUGCUGAAGGCGCAGGUUGAGAGCUUGAUCAACAAGAAGGUGAUGGAGUGCCAGGGAUACGGGUUCGAGGUGGAGACCAGCGGACCCAUAGACCCCACUGUGCUCACGAUGAAGACGAACGCCGAGCUACGACAACUGUUGUCCGCCUUGAGGCAGAAAGAAUGCGACGAACGAGUGAACGCUAACUUUUCUCCGUAUCAUUCUCAACGUGUAAUAGCCGAGGCUCGUUUGAACAACGUUCAAGCCAAGAUUCGUCAAGUAGAAGCGGAAUUCGAGAGAAGAAGAUGCAUGACGGUGCCUACUCCUACGCUCACUUCAAGAAUCAUCCAACAGUUCUCAGAAUCGAGAUGCAUGAUUGGUUUUGCUCACGCGAACAUAUUCGAUCCUUACGUGCAACGAAGUACCAUGGACUCUCCGGAUCCCUUCGUACCUUGUAUACGAAAUCCUAGGAAGUUGUAUCUGAAACCUCGAGAACCUGGACAGGAAACAGCGCAAGGGAGAGACGAGAAUGAGACGACAUCCGAAGGAACGUCGAUGUGCAAGGACACUGGUACCGGCGAGGGCAACGUUAAUUCCUCGAAGGACAAAGGGGUCGAGUCUAAAUCGAGCGAGGAUACGUGCAGUUGCGAGGGAACUUCCUCAGAGGAGAGCCUCGACGAGGAUAAAAAAAAACUCCGGCUAAAGAUUGACGAAGGUGGAAAGGUGACGAUAAGUUGUGGGGCGAGCUUGAGGGAUGUGUCGCUGUUGAGGCUGGCGUCGAAUGUCGUUACGAGGAUUAGGAAGGUUUGUAAGAAGGGUAGAGGACAGGGGAAAGGAGUGAAAGAGGUGAGGAGAGUGUCUCGUGAUGGAGAAGAAGUAGACGAGGAGAUGAAAAAAGAUGAGGAAGAGGUGAAUUCUGGGGACAAGUUGGUGUAUGUCAAGGACGGGGAUACUGAUAGUGAAGACUUUGAGUUGUUUAUAUUUGAAGAGGAUCCAGGUGAUGAGAGCAGUGAUAGCGAAGACUUAGAUCUGUUUAUAUUUCAAGAAGACCCAGACGGUGAGACCCAGAUCAAGGAGGAUAUCAAGGAAGAGCCUGAGAGUAUAGAAAGUAUAAGAAUUCCUGAUUCUGCAGAUAUACCGAUUAAGAAAGAAUCUAAGAGUAUGGAAAAGAUAGGAAUUCCGGAUUCCGUAGACACACCGAUUAAGAAAGAACCUGAGAGUGUGGAAGAGAUAAGAACUGGUAAAGAUAUUCCGAUCAAGGAAGAAUCAACGAAACAAGACGAGGAAAAGAAGUCUCCGCAAUACACAACGGUUAAAUCUGUAAAUGUAGAGCCAGAAACGAAGGUAACAGAGCUGUAUGUGGAACCAAAAGUGAAAACUGAGACACAUAAGGCGGAAGCAUACAUAUACGUGGUACCACAAGUACCAGUAGAUCCACACGUGAAAACUGCGAUGGCUGAGAAGUCACAUGUGGAACUAUUAGUAAAAACUGAGGCAAAACCACAGUCUGGACCAUCUUAUAUAGCACCAAAAAUAAAAACACACCCUAAAACGCUGGGAAUACCGUUAAAUGUACCAAAAGUGACAAUGCAGCCACAAACGCAUGCAGCACCCUUGUAUGUGGUGCCAAAACCGAAAACAGAGCCUAAAACGCAGGUGGUACCACGGACACACGCGGAUCCACACGUGAAAACGAUGUUAGCUGAGAUGUUGCACGUGGAACCAGCGGUGGAAACAGAAUCAGGACCGUCUUUUGCGGUACCAAAAGUGAUAACGCGGCCCAAACCGCAGGGAGCACCGUUGUUCGCGGUACCAAAAGUGAAAACUGAGCCAAAACCUCGAGCAACUCCGUUAUAUGCGGUGUCAAAGGUGAAAGAGGAGCCGGAAUUAAUGAAUCCUGAAGGCAACAAGGUACUGGAGACGCGAGAAACCGAUGAAUCUUGGAGUACUCCGUUUGUAAGAACUCAGAAGUUUGAAGACGAUGGCGAAGCGUUGAAAGGGAAGUCAACUGUCGAGGAUGUCUCGAAGAACCAAGGAACCGGAAGUGAAGCCGCUGAGCAAUGGAAGACGCCUGAGGAGGGACGAUCUUCUGAUUUGCAUGAAAGCACUUUCUAUAUGAUUAAACCGAUAACAAAGAAGAAAAGGGUAAUUAGAAUACUGAAGAAAGAAGAUGAACUUGUUUCGAAUGAAAAUGGUGGAUCGCAAAGGAAGGAUAGUAAGGAAAGAAACGUGCAGUUUGUGUCAAUGAUGACUCGUGUUAAGUAUAACAGGCGUUUUGGUGAUUUUGGGGAAUGGAAUAUCAACGAGUGUAAUGUCGAAAAAACAGAAGAUUCUUCAAGAGACGUUGAAAAAAUAAAUACGAUCAAUGAGAAUCAAGCACAUUUCCCUUCAGAAAAUGAAAAUCCCUUAAUUAACAUUCAACAAUGUGAAUCCCUUGUUACGACUGAAAAAAAUAAUGAAAUUGAUGAAAAUUUCACAACUGGACUCAAGUGUUUUCCGCCACUGAAACACGCAGAACCCAAAUCAGCACGAACAACAACCUUUGAAACUAGAUUCCAUCAAAGGAAGAUUGAAUCGAAGACCGUUUGCGAUAGCAACACCUUUUAUCACCACGAUUCAGAAACGGAGAAUAGUAUUGCCUCCAGGAUAUACUCUAUGAUCGAAAAUCAGUUCGUUUCCUUCGGUUCAUUGCUGAGCAAUAUACCAAAUAUACAGGAUGUUAUGUCGAACUUGCAUUUCGACAAAUUAUCGCGUAAUACUUUUAACGAGAAUGAUCUGACCGAACAAGUGGAUAAUGCUACGAAUAAUAAAAGAGAAUUAAAUGAAAAAGACGAUUGGACUUUACUUCCUUUGAACACAAAUGCUUCCUACGAUGAUGAACACGCUACUUCCGGCGGAAAUUACGUUUCCGCUUACGAAGGGUGUAGAAACGUGCGUGAAAUAAAACACUCGAUAAUCGUGGAUAAGGAAAAGGAGAAUUAUGUAGUAAUUCGGGGCUCGAUUAGCGGACAAUUUCGAGAACUGUCGAGGAACGGUUUCAAACGACCCUAUCAAACUCGCAGGAGUUUGAUAAUAAGAAGUCGAUUGAAAAAUCCUGAACAUUCGAAGAACGAAUAUGUGCGUCCUUUCACGGUUUUUAAGCGACCCAAAAGAAGUCAAAUAUUCGUGUCUGAAGCAAUGAAACAGACAGAGAGAAAAUUGAAAUUUAGAGAGAAACUUUUGUCGUUGCCUGAAGCAUUGGAAGAUAUGGAAAGGUUGGAAACAGUCGACGACAAUAAUUUAAAUAAUAAUGAAAAAAACGAAGAACAUACAGAAGUGUCUCAAGAAGCAAUAUUUCAACAGAAUAGUAAACACAGUAAUGACUUGAAUAAUAAUUACAGUGCUGCUUCGUUGAAUGGAAAUGAACACGUAACAGACGUGCAGGAUAAUUUCAAUGAUAUAGGGAUAAAUAGACAGACAUAA